UUCGCGCAUUUACUACGGAACGUUGGAAACUUAUUUCUUAUAGCCUGUAACCUAUAUUUGUUGCUUAUCGCGUGUGCUUUUUGAUUGUGCGGAGGCCUUAAAUCUCAAACAUAACCUGCGAUCAGCGGUUGGAGUGGUGGAGGGAGUAUCAGGCAGUAUCAGGAGCAUCGGUGGUCAUCACAAGUGUUCAAAUGUGUCGAAGUAGUAGAUAAAAUAAUUAUUUAUUAAUUCAACCAUCGAAUUCAAAGCCUAUAAGAAUGUCGGAGCUGCCACCAGAGCUCCUGGCCAAGCCACUAGCCCUAAUCGGCCUCACAGGCCUAGACCUCUCGAACACAACACACCGUUCAAUCUGGGACGCUUUCCAAAGCAAUCGUCGUCCAGACAACCUAUCAGUCCACUUCAAAUACCUUCCCUUGAAUCACACCUUCCCAACCCCAAAACCCAAACGAAACUCAUACGAAUGGUACAUCCCAAAAGGCAUCCUCAAGCGCAACUGGAUGCCGAAAUAUCUGUCAGAAAUUCCCGCAGUAGUGGUUUGCUUCUAUGAGCUCGACUGGACAGAUUCUAACUGGACUGAAAAGAAGAUGGAAUGCGCUUCGAGAGUGCAAGCGAUCAGGUCCGCCCUGGACGGUCGCUCUACGCGAACAGCAGUCGUUCUCAUUCAGAAGACUCCACCCCCCACCCCCGAUGCAGAGGACAAUAUAGCGACCGAGCGAGCGACUGCUCUCUGCACAGCUUGCGAGCUCCCAGCCAAGUCCCUCUACAUCCUUCCCCACGGGGAUCACCUCCAGGGAUACACCUCCCGCUUAGAAAGCGCCUUCUAUGAUCUUGCUCAAAACUUCUAUCACCACCACCACCGCACAGUAAAAAGCCACAAAGAUCAGCUGACCAAGACAUCCCAUCAGUACCUGUUCGUCAGACACCAAUUCAAGAUAGCUUUCCUGAACGAACUCCGGCAAGAAAAGUUGAUCGCAGUGCACCAUUACAAGGCAGCUUACACAAAUCUCCUCGAGAUCAGGAUGAUGGACACCAAUACAUUCGAGAUUAAGACCGUUGGCGCCUUCAUCAAUUACAAGAUAUGUAAGCUUCAGUUCGCCCUGAACCAACCAAGAGAAGCUAUCAACCAGUUCCGGGCGCACACAGACAGAUUUCGAUCGAGAACAGGUUCUGAAGACCUCAUCUUCGAACACCACGCCUUUAUGGCGAAUCAGUACUCAACUUUCGCUGAACUGUUCGACGACGCGAUUCGUCAGGGUCUUCCAGCUGUUCAAACUCAGCACCCGGGGUAUUAUUACCAGACAGCUGCGACCCAUGCAGGGGCGAGGCAAACAGCUUGUAACCAACUGUGCGCUAACGCUCUUCAAGUAGAUCCGGAUCUGCUUGAUGACGAGAUGAAGAUGGAGUUCUAUGGGCAAAGGUCGUGGAGACCUGGCAAACUUUCAGCGGAAUGUGCGGACGCUAUGAAAGAGGCUCUCGGUGUUCAGGUCCUCAAGUGGAGGGAGAAAAACGUAGACCACUCGAUGAUCAUCAUUGCACUGCUUGGGAAUGCUAUGUCCCAGUUUAAGAUGUACCGGUGCCCGAGGAUGCGGCGGCUUCUGGCGGUGCAGAUGGCGGCGGAAUAUUAUAAUUGCAAGGAUUACGGGAAGGUGUUGACUCUUCUGACCCAUAUGCUCUGGGAGUACAGGUCUGAGAAGUGGCCAUUGCUCUUGACUGAUGUUCUCAUGAACGCGAUGAGGGCAGCUUUUCUCAACGCCAGUGUUCAGGACUACCUGACACUGAGUAUCGAGGCUCUCGGGCUGACCGCAACGUUCUCAGCUGAUGAGCGGAGUAGGAUCUACACAAAUCUUCUCGGAAUUUUAAAUCGGAAGGUCCCACAGGCUCAUCCAAAUCUCCCUGAGGAAGCUAUCAGCGAAGCGAUCGAAAAGUGGGGCUCUGAGCUGAAUCGCCUUGAGGAUUUCGUCUCGACCAUUGAAGACACGAAUGUUGCGACUUUUGUGCAGGUCAAAGGGUCCUUCACUGCCGCUAGCUUCAAUGCGAGUGGAAAAGUCAGGGUGGAGGUGAUCGUGAAAAAUCUGUUUGAGGCUUCUGUUGAGUUUUCGAAGAUCUCCGUCACGAUUUCGGGACCUGGCAUGAGCACUGAGAUACCUGUUGAGGAAAACAGUGAUCGGGGGUGCAGAUUCGAGGGAGAGGAAUUGAGACGACUCAGGUGCGAGUUUCCUGCCUCUCAGGUACCUGAUGGAACGGAGAUUCAAGUGAGCUUGGUGUCACUAGUGUUGGGAAAUGAGAAACGCCGAAUUAUUCUGAAGUUCCCAGGGGAUCCUGGGGGGCUGGAUGGCCAGGGGUCCAGGGGGAGCUUCGAGGGGAUCAGGAUCAUAAACAUCACGCAAAUCAGGCAGGAAGAGACGUCGUUAAGGGUCGUCAUCACCUCGAGAUCCCCGGCGCUCUUGAGCGAAUGGUUGCCGGUGAAGUUCGAUAUCAAAUCUAACAAAGAAAUUUCCAAGUUUUCGAUGGAGGUCAAGCAGACUUUUCAGGAUCAUACCACAGAUUCAACUACUGAAUUAAGUGAAACAAUGAUAACUAAGGAAACUUCCGUAGUUUUUGAGGUGGAAUCUAUUGCACCUGGAGAAAUAGUUGAGAGAACAGUUUACGUAAGGUCUCAUCAGGUGGGGGUUCGAAAUUUUUUGGCGAGAUUAGAAUUUCUGGGGAGCGAUCUGAUGAAGCGGGUGAGGGAGGAGACUCAUGCGGUGGAAAUCGUCAAACCUUUUGAUAUUGGAACACAAUUCUAUACCCGUUUAUUCGAACCACUGACCAAGGCCUUCGUUGACGAAGAGUUCGUCGUGAUGCCGAAUAUAGAGUGCUCUUCUCCAUGGCCUCUGAAGAUUCUAGGAACUUCCGUUGAACUUGGGAAAGCCUUUAGGGAAGAACCGGGUCCCUCCAGGCUUCUUGAUGGGUUGACCAUAGCCGAAGGCGAAUCUGCCACUGACGUCAUUUGCGUCGUUCCAAGAGCACGAUCGGGACAACCAACAUCCACUGGGGUCUACACAAUCCGAUGGAAGAGGAACGUCGAAGAAGGCGUUGAAACUAGUACUAGUGUCACGCUGGCACCCCUCUGGGUAGAGGACGCCCCGGUGGGCAUCGAGGCCAAGAUUCCGGCUGAAGGCUGGGUCCGAACACCGAUGUGCGUCAGCUAUUACCUGAAGAAUCGGUCAGACUAUUUGAUCACGCUUAAGAUGACAAUGGAGGCCAGUGAUGCAUUUAUGUUCGCGGGACAGAAACAAGUAGAUAUUUACCUUAGGCCGCAGAAUGCGCGAAAGGUCGAGUGGAUUUUGCGACCCCUAGUGGCCGGUUUUGUCGCCUUGCCGACGUUAAAUCUGAGUGUUCCGCAAGACGAGGAGCAUAAAAUCAGCAGAGGUCGACUAGCAGCAGUCCUAGAAAGAUCUCUGCCCACUCACGUUUAUAUCAUGCCAAAAUCAUUGACAUCAGAGGAACUACUCGGAUAAACAAAUUUAUCUAUUUUUUUUGUAAAUUAAUAGCAAAUAAUUGCUGUAAUUA